ACAGCGCCCCGUGCGCCCCCCGCAGACUCUCUGCGGGACAACAGCUGGCUGUGACAACAUUCUGCCUGGCACUAAACCGCAGAUGAGCUGCGGCGGCGGCGGCGGGUGCCUGAAACAACGCCGUCCUCUGACCGACCGACUGCCCGGUGGAAACGGCAUGGAUGUGUGGACCGUGAGCGAAGCCACAUUCCCCAAAUGGCGGAGUGAGUGAGGAUGCGACUCCCCAGUUCCAUCUUUGUGUCGGUGUCUCUGUUCACGGCCGAGACCACGGCAGCGCUCUACCUCAGCUCCACAUACCGCUCAGCUGGAGACCAAAUCUGGCAAGGGCUCACGCUCCUCUUCACGCUCGUACCAUCUGUGCUCGUGCAGCUGACCCUCACCUUCAUCCACCGGGACCUCGGCAGAGACAGACCGCUCGUCCUGCUGCUGCACAUCCUGCAGUUCGGACCCAUCGUCAGGUGUCUGGAGGCGUUCUGUAUCUAUGGCAGCGUGGGCCGCGUGGAGGAGCCGUAUGUCAGCAUCACCAGGAAGAAGCAGAUACCUCGCGGGGGUCAGUCUGAGGAGGUGGAACGGCAGGUGGGGCAGGCGGAGGGGAAACUGUUUACACACCGAGCAGCCUUCGCCCGCACCUCUGUCAUUCAGGCCUUCCUGGGAUCGGCCCCCCAGCUCACCUUGCAGCUCUACAUCUGCAUCCUGCAGCAGGGGGUCUCCAUUGGAAGAGGCACACUGAUGGUGAUCUCCCUCCUGUCCAUUGUGUACGGAGCGCUGCGCUGCAACAUCCUGGCCAUUAAGAUCAAAUAUGAUGACUAUGAAGUGGACGUCCGCCCCAUGGCUUAUCUGUGCAUUUUCCUGUGGAGGAGCUUUGAGAUCGCCACUCGUGUGGUGGUUCUGGUUCUGUUCAGCUCUGUGCUGCAGCUCUGGGUCCUGCCCGUGGUUCUGCUUAACUUCCUGGUUUUCUUUCUCUACCCAUGGAUCCUGUUCUGGCAGAGCCACUCUCCGUUCCCUGAGAAUAUAGAAAAAACUCUGACCAGGGUGGGAACCACCAUCGUGCUUUGCCUGCUCACCUUCCUCUACGCCGGCAUCAACAUGUUCUGUUGGUCAGCUGUGCAGGUGAAACUCAACGACCCGGACCUCAUCAAUAAGUCCCAGAACUGGUACCGCAUGGCCGUGUACUACAUGUUGCGUUUUGUGGAGAAUGCCUCGCUGCUGCUGCUGUGGUUCAUCUAUAAAACUGACUUCUACAAAUUGACCUGUGCCCCGCUGCUGGUGCUGCAGUUGCUGGUCGCCUACGCCAUCGCCAUCUUCUUCAUGUUGGUAUUCUAUCAGUUCUGUCAUCCAUGUCGGAGGCUCUUCACCUCCAGCAUGACCCAGGGUCUCUGGAACUGCUCCUCUCUGCUCUGUCUCAUGUGCAACUCUGAUUCACCACAGAACAGGCCCAUAGGAAAGUCACCCAGCCCCCCCACACGCCAAGAGACGGCUAAUGAUGGAGCCCACGACACAGCCAGCGACACCACAGACGACAUGCCUAAUGAAACUAUGUAUGACAUGCUCAAUGAUACAACAAUCUACGACACAACUAAUGAAAUAGGCAAUAAUAUAUGUGACGGAAUCAAUGGGGACAUUAACCACAGUGAUUAAGCAACGCUUAAAAGCAUCACAACCGUUUGACGUGCCAUCCAGAGAAGCAACGGAUAGAUCACACCCUCUGUAACCUUUUAAGUGCCACAUGAGUCCUUCCGCGAGUUGAGUUUACACUUUGAAUCCUUUCAUAUAUCCAUCUCAACUCUGUUUUCUACCACUGUCUAUUACUCGUACAUGAAGCAAAUGUGUCCUUAACUGGAGAUGUAUUCUGGCUGCAAACAUGCAUAGUGUUCACUUGUGUGCAGAAGCAGAACAAGUGGUGCUCAAUUGUCUCAUCAGCCAACAUCCCAACCUAUCAUCCUGCCGCCUUUAAUACAAAGAAAAACACGGACAACACCGUUACUUCUUUAGUUUUGGAGACCACUUAUAUGCUGCAUUACUGAUCACAAGGCGCCAUGCAUUUAAAUUGAUUGUAUUUAAUAGUGGCAUGGAGGUGUGCAUGUGUGGAGCCUCAGAGAUGAACUUUUUCGGAGGCGGGGGGGGGGGGGUCAUGGGGGUCUGUUUUGUAUAGGUUUGUUUUCUGAACCCCCCUCUAGUUUUAUGGCUGCAAGCAAUCAGCCUUUUUACUCCUUGAUAAGAGCUUUAUCAUUAAUACGCACUGCUUCUGUGAUGUAUAUGUGCUUGACGAUAACAUGUGAAUCUCCACACAUAGUUUAAAGAGCCCGUUUGAUCACCAAACACGCUAACGUGUGUAAAGCAUGACUUUGGUUCAAAUGUUGAGCAACAACAGCUGCAGUGAUGUGAAAUGCUUUGUUUGGAUGUAUUUGCAUUUUUCUAAUUCACGCUUGUCUGUCAGCUCUGUGUCUGUUUGUCUCAUUAGUUAGAAUAUUUACACACAAAUUGUGUGCACACAAAAAUCGAUUAUAUCCAAUUGAAAAAUGUCUGGAAUUGUUUGCUUAUUUUCAACCUUUAAAUGUAUAAUUGUGUGUGUGAGAGAGAGAAUGUCAGUGUGUUUGUUUUUGCACCUACUCCUUUUUGCAAUAUAUCAGCAGAGGGAUGAAAACCUCGGGUAUCAAAUGAAUGCUCCUAAUGUUUGUACAAAUAAGAUAAGCCAAAAAAAUGUGAAAAAUCUAUUGUACACAUUGGAUAUUCUCAUACAGAGCAAAAUAAAAAAAGGUAUUUAAAAAAU